AUGUCGGGGCUUCGAAGUAUGGAGACGACUCACAAGAGCACGACAGUAUUGCGUUGCAAGGUGGCUAUCGUUGGAGAAGCUACUGUGGGUAAGACUGCCGUAGUACAGAUUCUUAAGAGCAAUGGCCACGAAUUUCCAAAGAAUUACGUUAUGACAUCAGACGUCGAGCUUUCAACAAAAAGCAUUUCAAUUCCGGAUACAAAUGUCGUUGUGGAGCUUUACCUGUUCGACUGCGCUGGACAAAGUAUUUUUAACCAGCUUGAUUUUGGCACGGUGCACUACAAGGGUGCAUCGAUCGCUCUCGUUGUGUUUGACGUGAAUAAUAAAGAGUCCUUCAAGUCAUGCAGCAAGUGGUAUCAAGAUGUUCGAGACGCCUCACCAAAUCACAACAUUCCUGGUGUCUUGCUGGCGAACAAGACGGACCUUCGCUACAAUAAUCGGGACGCGAUCUCAACGAAAGAGGCUGAGGAAUUCGCAAAGCGCAACGAUAUGAAGUUUUUCGAGUGCUCAGCGCAACAAAAUGCAGGGGUGGAGGCGCCUUUCGUCUAUAUUGCGGAUUGGUUCCACAAGAAAUACCAGGCAACGACGCAACGUGCGUAG